UUAUUCAAUAUUUUAAUAUAAUCACUUGCACAAAAAGUAAACACGUUCGUAAAGGAUUCAACUUGAAAAGGUAAACUCAAACGCUCAAACCCAGUUGAAGCGAAUAGGGUUUCCACUAUUAACUCGCCAAAUCGACCAAAGAAUAAUCUCGAAAAAAUGUUUUAAAAAAAGAUUUUACUUGAUCUUCAGAAUUUCUUCAAAAGAUAACAGGAUUUUGUGUAAAAAUUAAGUAAACGACUUGUGAAAAAAUAUCAAUCUACCUACCCACCGUGUAUAUGCUUUCGUUAUCAAUAGUUUGUUUACAAAUACAAUACGCAAAUUUACGUAAGAAAAAAUAGAUGAAAGAAAAAUAAAUUUAAUCAUGUUCAAAACAUUGCCGACAAAACUAGUCACCGGAAAUCGAUGGAUUUUCCCUAAAAUAAUUUUCAACAUCAGCCUGCGGAAGUGUCAUCAAAAAGAUCCUCUCGCACAUAACGUUGAUGAUCGUAAUUCAAUCAUAACUGAUCAGAGUUUUACAACGCAAAUCACAUUUCACGGAGAAUGGCCCGCGGAUGAUCGUUUGAAAUUCCAAACCGAUAUGACUGUUAUACCAAACUUUAUAACCGAAGCGGAGGAAAAAAGUUUACUGGAAGAACUGGAACCAUACCUGAAACGGAUGCGUUAUGAGUUCGACCACUGGGACGAUGCCAUCCAUGGGUACCGGGAAACAGAACGUAAACACUGGUUCCCGACAAACCGGGUGGUAUUUGAUCGACUCAAGACAACGGCUUUUCAGGGUGAAACGUUGCCACACGUUCAUGUUUUGGACUUGGCUAAAGAAGGAGUUAUAAAGCCACAUGUGGAUAGCGUCAGGUACUGCGGAAACAUCAUCGCUGGUAUAAGUUUGCUAACUGAUUCGGUUAUGAGAAUGGUCCGUACCAAUGACGAAAAGCAAACGAAUGCUGAGUAUCGGCAGGUUUUCGAAACUAAUCGCGACGAUAUGUACUGGAGCGAUGUCUUGCUUACCAGACGUUCCCUUUACAUAAUGAGGGAUUCCGCAAGAUACAAGUACACACAUGAGAUUCUAGCCGGGGAGGAUUCAUUAUUCAAACAUAAAAAGGUAGACAAAGGUAGGCGGAUUUCCAUUAUCUGCAGAAAUGCACCCCAAAGUUGAGAUGAGAUACAGACAAGUAGUGUCAUCGAAAAAUAAUAAAAAUGUAAAUAAUCGUA